CGCAGUUGAAGAAUCAAAAGAAGAAAAGACUCUCAACCCGCCGAUGGAGUGACAUCUCCUCCUCUUGUCUUCUUCGGCAAUGGCGGCCAAGUGCGGUUUCGGCUGCGAGCCAUCUAUCGGAUCCCUCACUGCCGCUCGGAAGAGGGACUAUAGGAUCACCAACCGCAUCCACGAGGGCAAGCGUCCCCUCUACGCCAUCGCCUUCAACUUCAUCGAUGCUCGCUACUUCGACAUCUUCGCCACUGUCGGCGGAAACCGUGUUACUGUUUAUAGAUGCCUUGAAGGAGGGCUCAUCUCUGUUCUGCAAGCUUAUGUUGAUGAAGAUAAAGAUGAGUCCUUUUAUACUUUGAGUUGGGCUUGCAAUGUUGAUGGGACUCCAUUCUUGGUGGCUGGUGGAAGCAAUGGUAUAAUUCGUGUUAUUAAUGCUGGCAAUGAGAAGAUUGACAAGAGUUUUGUUGGCCAUGGAGACUCAAUAAAUGAGAUCAGGACUCAAGCAUUAAAACCUUCACUUGUUGUGUCUGCAAGCAAGGAUGAAUCUGUUCGGUUAUGGAAUGUUCAUACUGGGAUUUGCAUUCUUAUAUUUGCUGGAGCAGGUGGUCAUCGCAAUGAAGUUUUGAGUGUUGAUUUCCAUCCUUCUGACAUUUACCGGAUAGCUAGUUGUGGUAUGGAUAAUACUGUGAAGAUUUGGUCAAUGAAAGAGUUUUGGACAUAUGUGGAGAAAUCUUUUACAUGGACGGAUCUCCCAUCAAAAUUCCCCACCAAAUAUGUGCAGUUUCCUAUGUUCAUGGCCUCUGUUCAUUCCAACUAUGUUGACUGCAAUAGAUGGCUUGGUGAUUUUAUUUUAUCAAAGAGUGUGGACAAUGAGAUUGUUUUGUGGGAGCCAAAAACUAAAGAGCAAAGCUCUGGAGAGGGUACUACUGAUGUUCUGCAAAAAUACCCUGUGCCUGAGUGUGAUAUAUGGUUCAUCAAAUUCUCUUGUGAUUUUCAUUACAAUGCGGCAGCAAUAGGAAAUAGGGAAGGCAAGAUAUUUGUUUGGGAACUGCAGUCCAGUCCACCUGUGCUUGUUGCAAGGCUAUCUCAUGCACAAUGUAAAUCACCAAUUAGGCAAACAGCUAUGUCUUUUGAUGGAAGCACCAUUCUAAGCUGCUGUGAAGAUGGUUCCAUAUGGCGCUGGGACGUUGUCCCAUGAAGAAAAGUAUUGUCCAUACUUAUCAAACAUUUGACUGAUGCUGAUCCUGCUGCCGUAUAAGCAGAGAUAUGAAUUUUGAUGGGCACAUCAUACAGAAGAGGUUAUUGUUACUUAUUGCAGGUUCUGAUGAGCUGAGCUGCGAAGAGUUUAACGCGCAAGCUGGGAAGGCACUACUCACUUCACAUAUGCAUAUUUCAAGCUUCUAAGGAGGCAUAUAAGAAUCAAAUUAUGUGUUUUGUGGGUUUAAUGCUCUGUUUUGGGUCUUGUUAGCUUGUUUUCAUGAUGCUUGCUAAAAUUAUUGAAUGCUUUUACCGCGGGUAAUUUCUAUGAGCUGCCCAAUUAUGUUUUUAUUGGGUUAAACUACAGUUUCCGUCCUUGAUUUCAGAAAAAGUUCAAUUUGGUUCAAUGAAUAAAAAUAUAAGAAUGGUCUGUAAACUAGGAAAAAUAACAUAACAGUAUUGGCCUAAUA